AUGGCCCAGCUCCCAUCGGUGGACACCGACUCGUCCAUGUGCAGUCACCUGCGGCAGCUCGUCGAGCGGCGCCGGACUCCAUCGGGGGUCAAGACCGAGCCGGGCGAGACAGCGAGCUCGGGCAGCCGUGCGCUGGAGAAACGGUAUACCAGCGUGGUACAAUGGGGGGCGAUGGACCAGGGCAUCAAGCGGCGUAAAGUGAGUGCAGUGCACCACCAUGGGCUUUUACCGAGGUGGCGGCGGCCCAGCGGUGCUGGUGGUGGUCAGCCCAACACCGGCAUUGGCUUAGCUUCCGAAUAUGCUCCUGCGACUGCUCCACCUGCAUGCCACUCUUGUUCAGCAUCGCUCGCGCGCCCCUGGGCAUGCCUGACGUGUGACUUUAUCGGCUGUCCACCGUUCAGUGCCAGCUCGAGCUCGCAGGCGCGUGACUGCCUCUUGAGCCACUUUGCCGAUUCCACUCGCUGCGAGUUUGCCGUCGACCCCACCACGGGAGCCAUCUUCUGCUCUGAAUGCGACGACUGUAUCUAUCCCGACUCGUUCGAGGCGCUGUUCCGCACCACGUGUAUCCGCAUCGAGGAGGAAUACGACCAGAGCCGCGAGGGCAGCCUGCUCGGCGGUGGCCGGGGCCGCGGCCGUGGGCACUGGCGGCCAUGGGACGGCGAGCCCGCAGUGGACAUGGUCAAGUCUGCAUGCCGCGGCCUCCGCCCGCUUCUCAACCUCUCUCAGACGUGUUUCCUCAGCGCCAUCCUACAGGCGCUGGUGCACAACCCGUUGCUCAAGGCGUACUUUUUGUCGGAUAAGCACAACCGGCACGUGUGCCCCGGUGCGCGCGGUCUGGCUGUUGGCAAGCCGUCGCUCGGCGAGACUCCGGCCGGCACGCCGGCCGGCACGCCCGGCGACCGCGAGCGCGGCUGCAUGUGCUGCGAGAUGGACCGGGCGUUUGACGAGUUUUAUUCCGACGACACCACACCCUUUGGGCCCAUUACGAUGCUGUAUGCCAUGUGGCACGCGUCGUCGGAACUCGAGGGCCACGGGCAGCAGGACGCGCACGCGUUCUUCCUCGCGGCCCUGGAACAGAUCCACCAGCACGCAAAGGGCCAGCUGUCGAGCUGCAACUGUAUUGCGCACCAGACGUUUUCCGGGUCGCUCGUCUCGGCCGUGACGUGCACAAAGUGCGGGGCGUCAAACACCACCGUCGACCCGACGCUCGACAUCCAGCUCGACUUCCCGCCCGUGGACGGCGCGCCCAUCACGCUCGCGACGCUGCUGCGCCGCUUCUGCGCCGAGGAGCGCCUCGACCACGGGUCAAAGGGGUACGAGUGCGGCAGCUGUGGCGGCGGCAAGGGCAACGUCGCCACGAGGAAGAUGAGCAUCAAAAAGCUGCCGCCGGUCCUGGCGUUCCAGCUCAAGCGCUUUGCGCACAACUCGACGUCGUCCAAGGUCGAGACACCCGUCAAGUUCCCCUCCCACCUCAACAUGAAACCGUACGUCGAGCCCAGUGCGGGGCCGGCAUCCAAGGCGCCCAGCGUCGCGGGCUCGAACGCGCCGCCGUCGCGCGCGUCGCCCGACACCACCACCACCGCGUCGCCCACCAACGAAGACACCCUCCCGUCCAGUCUGUACAUGUACGACCUGUUUGCCGUGGUCACGCACGAGGGCAAACUCGACAACGGGCACUACUGGGCGGACGUGCGCGACGGCGACGAGUGGUGGCACUGCGACGACGACAAGGUCACGCCCACGACGCUGGGGAACGCGCUCCGGCAAAAGGCCUACAUGCUCUUCUAUGUGCGUCGGAGCCUCGCGUACGGCCAGCCGAUGAGUAAGCUGUUGGCGGCCAAUGGCGCCGGCGGGGGUGCGGGCGGUGCGGGCGGUGGUGGCGGUGGUGGUGGUGGUGGUGCGGGCGCGGGCAAGACGGUGAAUGGCGGCGGGGCCAACGGCUCGUAA